AUGGCAUCGAACUCGCUCCACUCGACGGAUCUCUUCGACCUGACCGGCUGCAUUGCCGUCGUCACCGGUGGUGGCACAGGUCUAGGACUCAUGAUGGCUAAGGCCCUCGAAGCCAACGGAGCCAAGGUGUACAUAAUCGGACGACGAUUGGAAGUCCUACAGACAGCUGCCAAAGAAGCCAAAUUCAACAACAUCCAUCCUCUCCAGUGCAGCAUCACCUCACACGCCGAGCUCCAGUCCGCCGUGGACCACAUCACCGCCCAAGAUGGCUACAUCAAUCUCCUCAUCAACAACGCCGGCAUCUCAACGCCGAACUUGGGCGCACAUAACACCCGACCCACGCCCAAAUGGGACAUCGCCAAGGUGCGGGACUACUGGUUCCAAAAGUCCUUCGAGGACUAUGCGGCCGUGUUCGAGACCAACACCACCGCCACGCUGAUGGUGACGUUUGCCUUUCUCGAGUUAUUGGACAAGGGAAAUAAGGUGCGUGCUGGGGCAGGUUCCCCCGUUGCGCAGGGCAAUGGCAACGGCAUUGCCAAUGCUGGAACCAGCUGCCAGUAUAUCCGCAGCCAGGUGGUCACGGUCAGCAGCGUCGGCGGGUUCGGGCGGGACAACUCGGCCUUCAUAUAUGGGGCCAGCAAAGCGGGGACAACCCAUAUGAUGAAGAAUCUCGCGACGUAUCUAGCGCCGUGGAGAAUACGCGUGAACAUCGUUGCGCCGGGGUAUUUCAACACGGAUAUGAUGGGCGGCUUCUGCAAAGCGACUAACGGCCGGCUGCCCAUGGCUUUGGCGCCAGAAGAGCGGUUUGGGGACUCCCAGGAGAUUGGAGGGACGAUUGUGUAUCUUGCGUCCAAGGCUGGGGCGUACUGCAACGGAUUGGUCCUGCUGGUGGAUGGGGGUUAUGUGUCCAAUAAGCCAAGUUCUUAUUAG